AUGGACAAAAAUGAACUAGAUCCAAAAGUGUGCAAGAUUUUGGACUCAAACAUCCAAUUACAACACCAUUAUGACUUUUUAUUGAACAAGAAACGAAUUGCAGAUAAAGCAUUGAAAGAAUUCAUUACAAGAGUUGAAAAUGAUUAUGCUGAUGAAAUAACAAAGAUUAGUGAACAAAAGACAGAUCCUACUUCAAUUGUGGACUAUACUCAGGCUAUGGAUUUCAUAAGGAAUGUUACGUUGAAAAAUGCUUCGAAAUUGGAGGAGAUUCAAAAAUACAUUACACAACAACAAGAAUUGGAAAAAGUUUGGGAAUAUACUCAUCAUAGAUUAAUUAAUGAUUCUAAAACUGAUGAUGAUACAUUGAAUGCAUUUUAUAAUGAAUGUAUGAGACAAUUGGAGGAAUUUUCCAAAAAAUGUCAUCAAAAAUUUCAUGCUUUAGAGAUUCCAUUAUUUUGUUUGAAAAAAGAACUACAGUACAAGAAUUUAAGUAAAGAUAGAAGAAAUUUAAUUGCAUUUAUACAAGAUGAAGCUAUGAAGAAAUAA